GUGUCGGCCACACGAGCAGCCUGCACCUCCCAUGCUGCAGCAUUUGCAGCGAUCCGCCCAUCAGCAAUCAACAGAAUUCCUUUCUCGACUGUCACCAACCAUCCGUUCUUCAGAUUGAGUUAUCGGCCGUCCUAUUGCGUUGUUACGGCGUUCAUUGAAUAUGUCUCAUUCAGGACCUUCCCGGCUCUCGCGAAGUAGCAGCGAGCACAACUAGAAGUACCAAGAAUGCGCGCUGUCCACUCGUCUCCUACUAGUUACAGCUCCAGCUCUUUAGAGCGCUCCAUUUAUCCCCUUCCGUCCGUCGUUUAGAUUCAAGGGCCUCCGUCGCCGCUCUUAGAGGCCCCAAGAGGAUCGUUUGAAUCGGGAGCUCGCGUCGCACACCUCGUGCACAGAGGAGACUACGAAUCCCUGGCAGGUCGAUCCUCCGCCCGCUGUUUGCGGACGCCUAGUACUAGUACGCUUUCGCAUCAUCGACUGGCUUGCUGGCUGACAGAUUCUCCCCGCAAUACGUUCGUUUUAUGAGAGUUCUCAACAGUCGUAUGUCGGGUUUCAUGCCACCGCCUAUUGCGUGUUAAGAGUAGCUGUUGCCCGUACGCGGCUCUCCCUUGCAACGAAACGGCCCGUGGGCCGCCGCAAUCCCCGCUUGGCCCCUCCUUCGCGACUGCGCGUAAGCCGCGACUCUUGAAGAAAGAUAAAAGAUAUUAAAAGAAGAGGCGCGCAACGGAGAUUCGGGAAACGCGUUGUUGCAGUCGUGGCCUCGUCGGGAGUUACGGCUUGGUUCUCGGAUUUCUGCGGCGCCAUCAUGAAGAGCCCACUACCACACCAGCGGCUGCAUCGCUACCCGAAAACACGUUUCUGUUACCACAACCACGCCAUCGCACCACCACGUGGAAUUACUCGCGCCCGCCAAGUGUACCCUCCCGCACAUCGCUUCCAGCAACAAACCUUCCCCUUCCCCCUCCAUCUCCGCCACCGGCGGCCUCUUCUCAUCCUCUUCCUCGCAUACCUCUCACUCCACCUCGUCACCCUCUCCUCCCCGGUCUGCCAAGCCGCUCGCAUGCACGCCAGUACCACGGAACUCACUACUACGGAACUUACUAGUACUACGGAUCUCACUGCUACUACUACUGAGCAAAUCUUUGCUAGUGGUAGCAAUUCUCCGCUUGCGCGCGGUACCAACGCCACGGCGGGCGGGCGGCGGAAGCUGGGCGCAGCGUGCAAAUACGACGAGGGGCAGUGGGAGGCGCAACCCAAGGCGCAGAUGCGGUACCACUCGAACUACUGCCCGCUGCUGCGGACAGUUGGCGCCGUGAACUGCCUCAACCCAAAGAAGCCGAGAAGCCCCAAGUACCUGCGGUUCAAGUGGGUGCCGUCGAGCUGCGGGGGGUCAUUCGGGUUCAACGCGCGCGAGUUCCUCACGCGCAUGCGCAACAAAGUGGUGGCAUCCGUGGGCGACUCGCUAUCGUACGAGAACUUCAUGCCAUCCAUCGUAUGCCAGCUCAAUGAGGUGGCCCGUGUGGAGACGGCGGACGACCUGCUGGGGAAGCUGGCGGGGCGGGGCCUGCUGGUGCCGACGCACAUCAUGCGUGUGCGCGCGUACAACGUCACGCUCGUCAACAUCUGGAGCACGUUCCUCAACCUCUACCGCCACGACGACAAGACCCUGCGGCAGUACAACGGCGGGGUGAAGCCGACAGCGGAGGAUGCAGUGGUGGACGUGAGCCGGCUGGACGCCACGUGGGCGGACCACGUGGGGCAGUAUCACGUGCUCGUGCUGCAGUCCGCGGCGCACUGGCGCGCCAAGCCCACCAAGUGGCGCCGUUACUUUGUCGACGGCUCGGGCGUGAGAAAGUGGCCCGAGAAGAAAUACAGCAAGGCGUUCUUCAUGGGCAUGAAGACAGUGGCGGACUUUCUGGCAGCGCGCAAGGCCAAGGGCGGCAGCAUGCCUCUCUCCUACUUCGUAUCCGCGCCUGCUGCCAUCGAUGGGUGCGGCAAGUACACAACCGCACUGGGACAGAGCAAGGCGGACACCAUGGUGGCAAAGAACCGGCAGGCGAUGGUGUUCCUGCCGGCGCAGGUGCGGGCGUUCCGCAAGGCCCCCGUGAAGAUCAUCCAGGUCACGCGCUCCACCAUGUACCGCCCCGACGCGCUCGUGGGCGCGUCUGGGAACGACGACUGCGUGCACUGGUGCCUGCCCGGUGUGCCCGACUCAUGGACCGACAUGUUUUAUGAGCAGCUCCGCGCUGACAUGGGAUUCUAGGGGUUGGUGCCAGGGCCCAAAAUAUCUUGGUAAAUUUGGGGUUGGGCCCUGGUUGGUGCUGGGAUGGAGGUGGGCCGUUCUGGGAUCACAUAGGUGUUGAGAAAUUGGAAUUAUACACUAUUGUAUUUCUAGAAUUUGCUGUAGGAAUUGCUGUAGCAGAAAACGAAGAAGCUUUGAGUGAGUCAAGGGGAAUUAUUGGCUCCAAUAAUCGUGAAGGCCCCCAUUCCAGUCCAGCUCUGGAAAUAAUUGGAGGGGACCAUU